CCGGGCCGCUGCCUUAAGUGGAAGAUCCGCGGCAGGCAAGCGGAUGGCUGUGUGCUGCCUGCUCAAUGCGAGCAGAGCAGCGCUCGGGAGAUGGUUGCCCGUGGUUGCCGGGCGAAGAGGGGCUAACUUCGGCCGCCGCCUCUGUAGCCGCCCUGCGGGGAGAGCCCCUGGGGUGAGCCAGCGAACCUCCUCUCCCACUUUUGGAUUCCUCUUUGAUAUCGAUGGGGUGCUUCUACGUGGUCAGCUUGUGAUUCCAGCUGCCAAGAAAGCCUUACAGAAACUCACAGAUUCCAAGGGCCAGUUCUGCGUACCAGUUGCAUUUGUAACCAAUGCUGGGAACUGCUCUCGUGAUGGCAAAGCUGAAGAGCUAUCCAAUGCUCUGGGAUUUAAGAUUUCUCCUGACUGGGUGAUCCUCUCUCACAGCCCGUUGCGUCUCUUCCACACGUUCCAUAACAAGCGCAUAUUGGUGUCUGGCCAGGGACCUGUGGCACAAAAUGCCAAGGACCUGGGAUUCCAGCAUAUUGUUACCAUUGAAGAUGUAAGGAAGGCCUUUCCUUUGCUUGAUAUGGUUGAUCAAAGCCGGAGGCCAAAAGAACUGCCUCCUCCAACCACUGAUUUCCCUGCCAUAGAGGGGAUAGUUCUAUUUGGGGAGCCAGUCCGGUGGGAAACAUGCUUGCAGUUGAUUAUUGAUGUGCUCCUCAGCAAUGGGAAUCCGGGAGCUGACCUUUCUACUGUGCCAUACCCACAUCUGCCUAUCCUGGCCUGCAACAUGGAUCUUUUGUGGAUGGCAGAAGCUAAAAUGCCAAGAUUUGGCCAUGGCACUUUUCUUCUGUGCCUGGAGAGCAUUUACAAGAAAAUGACGGGCAAGGAGCUGAAGUACGAGGCCCUAAUUGGCAAGCCCAGCACAGUCACUUACCGCUAUGCUGAGCACAUUAUCAAACAGCAGAUGGAGUGCCAUGGCUGGAUGUCCCCUCUGCGGCAACUAUACGCUGUUGGAGACAACCCAAUGGCUGACAUUUAUGGCGCAAACCUCUACAACCGUUACCUCCAGGCUCAGGCUGAAGUAAGUGUGACUGCAAUGGUUGCCGAUAUCCAGGGCAAGGAACGUCACGCACCAAAGGAAGAUUCUGACGUCUCGCUCAGCUGUGUUCCAAGCUGCCAGUCUAUCCUGGUCUGCACUGGAGUCUACAGUCGCCAUGGAGACAUGCCCGCUGACUGUAACGAGAGCACAGUGGAGACUGUAUUCCACGGGCAUCGGGACUUCCAUUUUGACCCCGACCUGGUGGAGGCUUCUCAUGUUGUGCGUGAUGUGAAUGAUGCAGUAGAACUUGUCUUUCAGAAAGAGAACUGGGAAAGAGAGUGACUCACCCACUGUUGGCACCUAACUUGGGGACACAAAGGUAGAGCUCAGUUCAUUCUUUAACCCAAGACAAAGUAAAAGAAAAUUCUCCUCUUGUGUGUUUUGUGGGAGUUGUAAAAAAAAAAAAAAAAGGCAGAACCUAGAUCCUUAUCUUUGGCAGCAAAAGACUGGUUAGGGCACUUAUACUACCUGACUUGAAAUCCUGGCAUCAGUUACCAGGUUAAAAUGCUAGUUCUUUGUUUGAAUAAGUUCAGCAAUAAAAAGAAUUGGUCUGUCUACUUGCAAGGGCCAAGCCAUUGCCGUUAAGGGCUUUUUGUAUCUUGUCUUUGUCCCCAGUACAGUCAGCUGACCACAGUUCUGUUAACCCAGUUUUUGGAUAAAACUGACUUCUUUGCCAAAGGACAAUGGGAGGUUUUGGUACCAUUUCUACAUCCCAUCUAAAUGCUUUUACGUGUUCUGGUGUGUGCUUUACCAGAGCCAUCAAACCUUUCCACAAGGGUCGCUUCACAUUUUGGAAUCUGCCUCUUCCAAAUGUGCCUGUGGGUACUUGAAGUGUGCAAGUACUUAAUGGAUGUUAAAGGAAUUGAUUUAUAGAAACCCUGUACCUGAAAAUCGUGUGCAAACCCUUGUAUUAAAGCAGAAUAAGUGGGGAGCUAUGAGACUCACCCUUCCUCCCUUUGCUCGCUUGCCUAUGUGCUGUCAGGCGUGCAGUUCCCCGAAGGGUCCAGCUAAAGUCAGAGGGGAGGGGAAAUCUCACUUGCUUCCUCCUGACCACUCUGCUUCCCCCUUGCUCCUUUGCCAGAAUCCUGCCCUCCUUCUCCACCCUUCCUGCCAGUCCUCUGCUUGCCGUGCAGUCACGUUGGUGGAGGUGGCAGCAGGCGAACACACCUGCCUACAGCCACGCUGCCUCAGGGGCUUCUGUGCUUAAUCCUCUGGCCUCCUACUUCCAAUGCUGCUGGUGGCUUCCCCUGCCCACCUGCCUGCAUGCCUCUAGCAUGGCUUCCUCAACUGCGGUGCAAAAGGAGGCCUCCAGCUCAUUUCUCACCUGCGCUAGUGCAGAGAAUGAGUUGUUUGUACAUGUACAGACAAAUGUAGUCUGUUUUUAAUUUUUUUUUAAAAAAAAAAAUUAUCCCCCUUUUAAGGCUUGUAAUUUUCCUGCAAAUCUGGGUAUCCUCCCAGGUUCAUUUUUUUUUAAAAAAAAAUCUCAUUUCACCCUAUAUGGCCCCAAUCCACAGAUUUAAGUAUCCACAAAUGGGGCCAAGUUGAAGAUGGAUAUAUUGAUACUGCUUCACUGGACAAAGUGAAAGCAGUAUAGCUGGUAGGCAUAACCCUCAAGAAUCUCAAGUAGGCAUGAUAAUUAAAUCCUGCCCUCAGGGUUGCCCCCCAACCUCUUCAUCUUGUCUUCCCCAAAAUACUUAUUUUGGCUUGCUGCCAGCUGUGUGUGUCACUGUCCUUUCUAUUCUUCCAUAGCCUGUGUGUCUUGGCAUACUGAUCUUGGUGUGCAGGCAUUGAUGAGAUGCUAGGGGUGAGGUUCACAGAUCGGCUGUCUGGUGAUAACAGCAUUAUUCAUUUUUCAGUUACCCAGUGCAAGAGAAAUGACACAUACCAAAUCCUAAAGCAAAUGGAUUUAAUCUAUUUUAAGAGCAAACACAAGAGCAAACACGUGCAUGUGUUCCUUUUUUUCCUUCUUCCCCAAUAGCAAUAUUAACUCUGUACAAAACAAACCUUUCCCCUUAAAAUAAUGAGAUUAUGGUCUGGUUUGUGGUAAUUCCAGAUGGUGUUCUAACAUCCUCUGACUCAGGGUGAUGUGGGGUACUGUGGCAAUUUCCCUUAGAAAUCAGGGGCUUGGACCCUGAGUUGUGCAUGCACAGCAGUGAUAUCUUGUUCAUAUGCUGUCACAGAGAUCUAACAGAAGGCGUCUGUAGAUGGCGCUUUUUGUGCAAAGGGUUCAGCGGGGUGGCCUGUGCAGAAACCUUGGAGGGGGCAGUCAAGCUUAUAGGCUGUGAUAUGGAAAGCCUUCAUUCUGUAUAGUAUAAAAUGUGCUAGGAUAUUUUUUAUAUCAAAAGACCCUCUUCAGUAAUAGCAAGGCUCAAAUACAAAGGGUGAUGGAGAAAGGUACACAUUUUGCACCAAGAUUAUUGUAUUGGCUUGACUGGGAGAUACUCCUAUUUCAUGUUAAUCUAUAAACAAAGUCCCACAUUCUCACCUUCAGUAGAGUAGGUGGUGGCUAUGUAACAUGAGCAAUAUCGUCUCUUUCUUAUACCUCUGUAAUUCAUCAAGUGCUAUUUGUUGUAAUGGGAGAUCAGUAUGGCACAGUUAGCUUUGGGCUCUCAACUCUUCCUGCUACUUGGUGUUGAAUUCUUCUCAUAUAGAGGAGAGCUCUUCAAGAAGGACGUUCUUCUCCCAAUGAAAACUGCAAGCUUAGUUCUCUAUUGCCCAUAUUCUUUUUUCCCAUCUAGGCCUCAAUAGAUUAUCAACACGUGAGAUUGUACCUUUUGGCUUGAUUUUUGGAAAAGCUUCAUAUGUCUUUAAGGUAUGGGUGGUAUGGAUUGUUACCUCCUAUUUGCCAUAACUAAUGUUAUACUUAAUAAAUAACUACUUAUUAUGUUCUUUUCUGGGCAGAAAAUCCUUUUGAAGUUUCUGGCAAAGGCUUGUUUUUAUACUUACAUCGUCAGUUGUAUUGAGGACAGCUAGCAGUUAGCAUGUUGGGUGAGAAUCAGGUUCAAAUCAUCACUUGGCCGUGACACUCUCUGCAUGAUCUUUGCUAACCAUUCUCUUACAGCCUAGUCUACUCCAAAGGGUUGUUGUGAAAAUAAAAUAAGUGAUGGGACAGCCAUGGGUGCCAUCUUGGCCAAAGGGUGAGAGAGAUGCUUGGCCUAAGAAUUUGCCAGGCAUUAGCCAAAAACAGUUUUGUUGUCCACACAUUUACAUUUGGGGUGCCGUACAAUGAAGUAUUAGUGCACUGAAAAUCGUCAGAAAGAUUGGCUAAGUCAAAAGGAGCAGUAUUAUGUCUUGUGCACAGAGAGAGAAUUUGUGUAGCACCUGCAGCCAAGUGCUGUGUACAAACAGACAAUGGAUAUUUGGAUCUGCUGGCAGAAUUACAGAGAAGCCAAGAGGUAAAAAAUAGAUAGUAAGGAAGAAAAAAUCAGAGGCUCAAAUAAAAGAGAACUUUGGCACAAAAAACAAGUGUUCAUUUUUUAAAAUAUAGAAUGGGAAGAAAGAGGUAGACAAAACAGAAUCCCAUGGGGGAAAGAUGCAAAUAUAGAUACGAUGCUGUAUGUCUGAUCUAACAGUUCAAAUAAUGGCUCCUCAGCCACUUCAUGUUGGGAAACUUGGAGGGGGAGCAGGCUUAAAUCCUCCUUUCCCCAAUAAUGUAGCUGUUAUUGGACUUGGGCCUGUGUAUGAUUUAAAAGAAAUGCUGGGAAGCUUUGUGCAUAGAACAUCCAAUGUGGUGAAUAGUUGAGCUUUGGACAAAGGAACUGAGUAAGAGAACAUAUUUGGGCUAGCGGGUGGCAAAGCAUCAACAGAAAAGAGAGGGGAGAAAAGGAAUAAAUGUGGGCAAAAGGAUGCAACCAGUAUUUUAAAAGUGAAUACAUGCUGAAGAAAGAAAGUUGGUGAAGAGAAGCUGGAAUAAUAGAGACAAGGAAACUAGGAGACCAGAGUGAAAUGUAUUCCUGUGAGCGUCCAAUGAAUUAAAAUACCCCCCCCCCCCCCGUUACCUUGCACUGGUUUCUUCCCCUUUGUGACACUGGUUUGGGUGUACUGCAGUUCUUCUUAAGUAUGUCAUCCCACCUUCUAAUCCGGAAAGAUUUUUCUCUCCUGCUCGUCAUAAUUGGUGCCUACGUGUGCUCUGUUUUACUAGCCUAAAACCGCCUUAUUCUCCUUUUGUGUUUUGCCUUCUGGGACUGCCAGCUCCUGACAGCUGUAGCUAGAUGUAAUUAGGGCUUUUAGCGCCUGUGCUUUAUUUUAAGCAUUUCUCCCCCUCAAACCUUCCAGUCUCCUCUGUUUUCCUUGACAAACCGUAUGUGGAGUGUGUGUGUGUAUUUCAUUGCUCAUUGCUUCUUCAUGCAAUUUUAAGAUGCUUACAUAAUAUCCAGUUGAAACGCCCUGGCUUUGUUUUUUUUCAAUUUCACCAAAAAGAAAAUAUUCUGAAUUUGUCCUUGAAGGGUCUGACUUGGGUUCCGAUGUACUGGACCCAGCUGAUUAUGCCAUUAGACACAAGGCAGGAAGCAGCCAGGCACCCCUUCUAUCAUGCCUGGAUCUGAUAAUAUCCCUCUCUAAGCACCAUUUGCACUGAACUUUAACAUAACUUGUAUUUUUUAUUCCUGUAAUCUGCUUUUUCCAGCCAAUUUUGGCUCAAAAAUAGGAUCAAUAAACUAAUUCAAAGCUAAGAAA